CGAAGGUGGCGAGGGCCGGUGCUCAGUCCGCAGGAAGAAGAAGCUAUAGAGCUGAGAAAUUCUGUGAAGAUGGAGAACCAGGGUUAUAUAAAAGAAAUGGAAAAGAAUAAUGAAAAUAACAUUAACAGAAGAUUGCAAAAAUUGAGAGCUGAGCUGGAAGACUGCUGUAGGCAAGAGACUUUAAAGUUAAAGGAAACUUGUAUAAAAGAAGUAUAUACAAAAUAUAAAAAUGAUCUUGAGCAGUUAAAAAAAGAAUUAAAUGCUAUUAAUUGUGAGGGAGAUGCUCAGAGUUUGAAUAUAAUUGUUAAUUUAAAUAAUAAACUACAGGCAUCAGAAGCUUAUAGCUCCGCUUCCUGCAAGGAACUUGAAAACUGUAUCGAAGACUUUGUGAGGAAACACUCUGAAAUUGAUUGGAAAUACAGAAUUUUGGUAGAAGAACUUAUGCUACAGCUUACUAAUACCGAAGAAAGGGCAAGAGAAUCAAAACAGGAAAAGGAAUGUUUAAACGAAGACAUUGAAAAACUCAGCUGUUUAAUUCAGGAAUUAAAUGACAAAGUCCUUCUUGAAACAGAAAAAAACAAAAAUUUACUUUAUAAAUAUGAUCAAGAAAUGUGUGUCUACAACAUAAAGUUAAAAGAUUUGCAACAAGAGAAAACACUGUUACAGGAGGUGUUGGGGAGGCAGAAGACAAAACUUGAAGAAAUGGAGAGUACACUGUGCCGGUAUGAAAGUGAAUUGCAUUUGACCGAUGGGGAAGUAGACUCUUUGCAUGAUUUCAGAAUAGACACUUUGAAAAAUGCGUUGGAAGAUGCAAGGCAGAACCUAAGUAAAGUCACAGUGCUAAAGGACGCUGAAAGCUUUGAAUCUGAUUAUUACUUAAAGAAUCAUAUAGCAGAACUAGAGCUGGAGGCUGUUACUGAAAACACAGAAAAAUUAGUUCAACAUUUUGGUUCCACAUUAAGGCAGGAGCAGUCAGACAUAUUUAACAGUCCUGAACAUUCAUUCCCUGGAAAAGAUGUGUUUAAUACAUCUAAAUGCAGAGAUGUUUUAGAACCCAGUAAUGGCAAGGUAUUUAGUUUUAAUGAGGAAAUGCAUUCCGACACUUUGCUACAAGAGACUUUAAAUGAAACUGAACUUAAAAAGUCUACGGCUUUACUUUUUUCUGGGUAUUCUUCACCACAGAAUGAAUUUGAGGAGCAAAACAGUAUAAAUGGUCAUCAGAUUGACUUUGGGAUCAGAGACACUGGCCUGAUUAAGCAGCGCAGUGAAAAAGGAUUACUUUUUGACAAGGCUUUUCAGGAAGCUGGAGAAGAAGCAACAGCUGAGGUUACAACUGCACACUUAAAAGAACAGGAGGCAUGUGUUGGUUACGAUGAAUCUCUCAGCCGAAAAAUGGAGAAGGAGCUAGAACCAGAAAACAAAAGAAAGCAGGGAGAUAACAGUGAUUCACUCAUUUGGGUUCAGGAAUUCAAGUGUGCGAUGCAAGACUUCAGAUCUCAUUCAUGGGAAGAAAUGGUAAAGGCCCUCCAGCAGGAAAAAGAAAAUUUAAUGAUGCAGUUGAGACUGCAGGAACAAUUAGUAAAAGAUGUUCAGGAGCAAAAGACUGCCUCUGAUUCUGUGACCAGUGAAGUACAGUCUCUAUUCGGACGACAGUUGACAGUUUUGCAGAGGCAAAGGGAUCAAAUGCAAGCCCAGCUUGAUAGCCAGAUGGCUAAGAGCAAGACUCUUUUUGAACUUCUUGGUCAAAAAACGAUUGUAGAAAAAUUCUUACUAAAAGAACAGGAGGCCUUCAAGACUGAGAUCGGUAUCAAAGAACAAAAUUUGUCAUCUUUACUUAAGGAAAAAUCCAACUUGGAAGAAAAACUUCUUACAGUAGUGCAGCAUCUAACAGAAGCUGAAAAGGCUUUGGAGGAAAGCGUUAACAAAAUAAUGGUUCUUGAACAAACUGUUGAGGACCUUAAUGUGAAAACUAAAAGCUUGCAAGAAUCAAACGACUCUGAAAGACGAGCCUUUGAAGAGAAAUUGGAAGACAGCAGUUUAGAAUUACAGAAGCUUAGCACUGAAAUAACACAGAAAGAAAAGGAAUACAUUCAGAAGGAAAACGAGUUGAAUGAAGAAGUGGCUUCUUUAAGAAAUGUUCAGUUGGAACUUGAAACCCGUCUGGAGGAGACUCUGAAGAACAUAAAAGAGAUGCAGUUGGAGUCAGAGAGACUUCACCAGGAAGAACUUAGUAGAACUGAGUCUCUUUAUCUCUCUGAGCUUUCGGAUAUAAAAUUGCAGCACCAGAAGAUGAUAGAAGAUCUAAAUGAAGAAAUAAAAGAGAGCAUAGAGAAGCAGAAACAAUUGGAAGUGGAACGAAAAGAACAGAUUGGAAUAAUCAAAAAGCUUCAUGAACGAGAACAUGACCGUGAAGUGGCUGAGCUAGUUAUUCAGCAUGAAGAUGAAAUGAAACAGUUACACAUGAAAUUAAUGAAGGAGCAGCAGCAAUUGUUGGAUGAGUUGCAACAGCAAAUGGAGACUGUACAUGAAGAAGAGAUGCAGCAAGCAGAGGCUCUACAUAAUCUUAAAAUGGAAGCUUUAAAAUUAAGUUCAAAUAAUGUACAGACAUCUCAAUUGGAACUGAUGCAGAAUAAUCUGAGGAAGGAGAAGGAAAUUGCUCUUGUGGAAUUACGAGAGAUGCUCAAUGAUAAACAUGCUCAAGAAUUAGCAGUUCUGCAAAGCCGGUGCCAAUUUGAGCUGGAGCAUAUUAAGGCGCAAAAUCUGAAGGAAAAACAAGAAACGACUUUGAAGCAUCAAAGUGACCUAGAUAAAGAGAGGGAAAAAAUAGCGUUGGAAAUGGAGGAAAAACAUAUCGAACAAUUAGAGAGACUUAAAAGAGAAUGGGCGUUGAAUACUGAAAUCAGUUGUAAAAACAUGUCUGAAGAGUUAUCUGAAAAACAUCAGACUGAGUUGAAUGAGAUGGAAAGGACCUUGAAAUCAGAACUUGAAGAAUUAAAAGGAAAGCUGGAGAAUCUAUCACUCGAAAAAGAACAGGUUGAAACGGAGUAUAAAAAUUGGGAAAACCAGCAUCAGUUUGCCAUGAUAAAGCUACAGACUGACUGUGCCCAAGAAUUGCAAGAUGUGAAAGAACAAAGCAAGAAACGUGAAGAAGAUCUACAGCAGGAGAUAGAGAAAUGUCAGGCUGCACUUGAAAAACUAAAGGCAGAGUCAGAAGAAGAAAUCAAACAACUUUGGUAUCAGUUGGAUAGUGCACGGGCAAGUCGGCAAGAACUAAGUGAGUUAAAAGAACAGCUACUUGCUCGCACAUCACAUAUGGAAGAAAUGGAAAACUUGAAGAAAGAUUUUCAAGUUAAAUGGGAUAAAAAAAGAAGCGAACAUGAAAAUGAACUGGAACAGUUGAGACUUUAUUUUGAAGAGAAAUUAAAGGCUCUGGAAGAAAACUACAGAGAAGAAUUAACAGUGCUGCAUCAGAAGCUACAAGAACAAUCUCUUUUGGAGAUUGAGAAUGGCCAAGAUGAACAUAUGGAUUUGGGCCCAUCCGUCACACUCUUAGAAGAGAUGACUGAAAAAGAGAGACGGGAUCUCUUUGAACAGCUGACUGUGCAACUGGAGCACCACAAGGAAGAACUGUCCUGUUUACAGCUGCAUUUGGAUAAAAAGCACAAAAAUGAGCUAGAGUUGUUGAGAUCUUCUCUUACACUUCAGUACCAAGAGAAUCUAUUGAAGAUGAAGAUGGAUCUCUCUGAUAGAUAUGCUUGUGAAAUUGAAGAAUUGAAUAGAAAACACAGCUUAAAUCUUGAACAACUCCGUGCCAAGCUUUCAGAGGAGCAUCUCAGAGAAAUGACUAAACUUCGCCUACAAAGUGCUCAAGAUGCUGCACGUCAAAUAGAAGUGGAGGUAGCUGAACGACUCGUAGUGCUGGAAAAUGAAUACAAAGAUAAAUUGGAUAUUCUUGAGAUUGAGAAAGAGUCCUUCUCCGCUCAUCAAGAAGAAAUAGAAACAUUGAGGAGAGAGAAUUCUAAAUUAAAGGCAAUGAGUGUACAGGAAGAAAUUCUUUGGAAAGACAAGCUGGAACAGAUUAAAUGUAAAUUAAUUGAAGAUCACAGAAAUGACUUAGGAAGAGCUAAAGAAGAGAUACAGGAAGCGGAAGAAAUUCACAGAGCAAAAGCUGAAGAAUGGAAACUGAAAUGGGAGGACUUGAACAGAAAAAUGGAAGAGAAAUUAUUGAUAUAUAAAGAGCUUGAAAACCAGGUAGAAUGUGAGAAGCAAGCCUUGCAAAAGCAGUUUAAACUUCGUGAAGCUGAAAUGACUUGGCUUCAAGAGCAGCAGGCUUCUAAAAUCUCGCAGUUAGAGAAAUCUUUAGAGGAGCAGCAGAACAAUGUCCAGCAGUUGGAGAAUACUUUAGCAAACACACAGAAGACUUGGGCUCAGUAUGAGAGUGAACUGAAUUCCACAAAGGCCCUCAUGGCCGCAGAGUUAGAAAAAGACAAACAAGUGUUCCAAGAGGAAUGUAUUGCUAAACUUGAGGAUGCACAGAACAGAUUUAUGGAAGACAGUAAAGCGAUGACUGAAAAAUUUGCUGAAGAACAUGAAAUUCUCCUUCAGGAGCUGAGAGAAAAGCACAUUGCUGAGCUGGAUUUGCAAAGAAAAGAGCUUGAGCAGAAACAUAAGGAACAAAUUCUGUCCCUCACAGCAGAUCUACAGACACAGCACCAAGAUGAAAUUGAGACCCUCAAAUCUACAUUAGAGAGGGAACAACAGAUUCAUUUAGAAACAAAAAUAAGUCAUCUGCAGAAAAAUUACCAAGCCCAAAUGGCAGAGAUAGAGACUAAGCAUUUAGCAAAUUUGGAUACUUUGGAGUCUGCGUAUCUCUCUGAAAUUCAGCUCCUACGAGACGAGCAUAGACAAGCUGUUGAAGGUUUACAGGUAAAUUUACAAGAACAGCUACUUCAGCAGGAUAAGGCAAAUCAGGAGCUCUUGGCUCAAAAUCUCGCAAGGAUGAAACAUAAACAUGCGGAGGAGCUGCAGGUUUGCCAAGAAAAUUUGAAAAUACAGCUGGCUACAGCUCACAUAGAAGAACUUAAAAUAAUGGCUGCUGAACUGGAAGAAGCUCGUAAGGAAGAUAUAAGUGUAGAGUUAGAAAAACAAAAAAGUUUAUUAGAGCACGAUUAUCACAAGUCCUUGGAUUUGUUACGAGGAGAAAUCCUCCAUAUGGAGGAGGAGCAUAAAAAAGCAAUGCAGGAGCUUCAGGAGCUUCACGUCGCAGAGGUUCAGAAGGAAAGAGAACACUGGCAUCGGCUUCAGAAAGAGGUGGAGCAGCAAAACUCAGACAAGCAACAGCUGGAGGAGAAAAUUAAAUGUUUAAACAAAGAGCUGGAAGAGGCUAAUACUGAACUGAGAAAACUACAACUGCGGGACAAAGAGAAUCAGGAAAGAGAGAAACGAAUAGCCUUGUUGAGAUCUGAUAUUGAACUUUCUAAAAAUGAACAGAGGAAACUGCAAGAAACUAAUCAGCAGGCUUUGAGAUUGCUUCUGAUAAUGGUGAAAGCCACAAAAGAGAUAGAAGGCCUUAUUUGCAAGAAGACUGGUCUUUGUCUGGAUGACAGCCUGGCGUCCGGAGAUUCACGAGAGAAUCAUAGUAUCAUUGGAGAAAUGGUGCUUUCUCAAAAAAUGAUGGAGAAAUGGAGCAUGAAGAAAAGCGAGAGAGUUCACCAAGGGCAAGGUCUUGAGGAAACUCUGCCUGAACACACCAUUGAAUCUUUGGUGCUUAGUGAAAUGUCUGAGCUGAGUGAGCAUUUAUGCGAAAGCAUUUUUGAAAACCCAGAUCUGGUAUUUGAAAAUGAAGAAAGGAUCAAUAAAAUUUGUCAUGCUUUACAUAUUGCCGUGGAAAAGCUUCUAGAGCUGCUUGCAGAAUCAACUAAACAAGAUGAAGAAGAAUUCAACCGUAAGAAUUGGGAAGCAUGCCAGGUGGUGAAUGAGCACCACGAACUAAUGGACUGCCUGAAUGAAGAGAGUGUGGCAAGGAACCAGCUGGAAUUGGAGCUUCAUAAAGCAAGAGGGCUCAAUGAAGGUUGUUUGGCAGAGAGAGAUGCCUUGGAAGCAGCCCUUCGUCUGAAAGAGGAAUCUGAGCACCGUCUUGUUGCAGAAUUGGAGAGCAUGAAAACACAGUACCAAGAUCUAACUCAAGAACAUACAAGAUGUGUUGAGGAGCAGAAGUUAAUAAUAAGCCGAAAUAAAGCUUUGGCUGCCAAUUUAGGGGAGAGAGAAAUUGACUUACUGAAGGAAGUUGAACGUCUUUCAAAAGCAAAGAUAGAACUGCAGUGUCAGGCAGAAAAGGACUGCUCUGCUUUGAAUGCUCAGUUGAAACUUUUAGAGAUAGAACUUGAAGAACAGCUGAACAAAAACCAAAAGAUGGCAAUGAUAUCAUUAGAAAUGGUUGACUUAAGACAGCAAAUACAAGCCCUUGAAAGACAAUUGAAGAGUCAGCGGGAUUUCAUGGAUAAACAAGCCGUUGAACGAGAGCAUGAACGUGAUGAAUUUCAGGAGGAAAUUCAGAAUUUAGAAAUGCAGUUAAGACAAACAGAAAAAAACCAGGUUUCUGGGCAGUCCAGAGUAUUGGUAGAGUCCCUUUAUGAUGAAAUAAAAGAAAGAACAGAUGAUUACAAUAAGCUUUUAUUGGACAAAGAGCAGAUACAGAAAGAACUUACUGUUCGAAAUGAAGAAAUUGAAAAGCUGGCAGCAAGGGUCAGAGAACUGGAGCGCUCAAAUAUGGAAGAGGCAAAAAAUGUCAAUCAGCUGAAGCAAGAAAUACAAAAAAUGAAAAAAAUGGAAGCUGAAUGGAAACAAGAUAAGGAAGCCUUGCAACAGCAACAGUACAAUAAUUUGAUUCAGAUUUCUACUCUGCAAUCCAAACUGGAUGAAAUCAGGCACAGAGUGCUUCCAGAAGAGAGUAUGGAUCAUAUAUUACAAGGAGAAUUAAAAGCACAAGAGGAGCUUCUAACAAAAAAGACAGAAGUUGCAAACUUGUUAGAACACCUCAAACAAUUUGAAGAGAGUUUGAUAAGUAAAAAUGAGGAAAUCUUGCAGCUGCAUUUAAAGUUAGAAGUGGAAAAAAAUGAUUAUGUCUCCAAAAUAACCCAGCUCCAAGAAGAAAAUGCAUACCUGAAAGAUAAUACUGAAAAACUUUCCAUGACUCAGAAUCCAGGGGAUAGUGAACUGGCUCUUCUCCACUUUCUCAAGUCCUUACUUGAAGAAAAGAAUCAGGAAACGGAUCAUUUGAAUAAGCAGAUUGUGCAACUAGAAUAUGAGCUUGAAAGUUGCAAGGAAAACAAGAUUCUGGAAAGGCAAAUGUUUGAAAUUGAGGACUUGAAGUCAGUUAUAGAACAUCUUCAUGCUGAUAAGGAACAAUUGGUAAGGGAUAAAUCAGAAGAAAUAGAACAGCUUCAUGGAGUAAUUGAAAAUCUUCAGAAAGAGUUAGUACUUCGUGAACCCGUUUGUGAUGAAAUUAAUGAUAGCCAAGAUGAUUCCAAUACCCUUAUCCUAGAAGAACAGGAAGAGAAUUUUCAAAAUAUAUUGCAAAGAAGAUCAUUGGAUCAUCUGGAUGACAGAGAUGGAGAUGCCAACUGUCUGCUACUUCAGCCCAACCAACAAGAACUUCAUGGACAGCUCAAAAUAGCUUUGGCUGACAAAGAAGCUUUGCAGCAGCUGCUUGAAGAAAAAGAAUCUCAGUUUAAAGUAGAGAUAAAAAAUCUAGAACAAAAUCUGAAGAAUGUUCAGGCGUCUUCUAGACAGUACUUCACAGAGCUAACAGAUUUACAGCAACAGUAUAAAGACCUGCAGGAAGACUAUAAGGAAUUGGAGAUGUGUUUAGCACAAAGAAAUACUGAAAUAAACAUUGGUGCUUCCUGUAUUCAGGAACUUGAAGGUAAACUGAGAGAAAGGGAAGCAAAACUUUCCGAGAGAGAAUUACAGCACCAGGCUGUGUCAAAGCAGAAAGCCGAGCAAACUGCUGCACUACUGCGAGAAAAAGAAAAUGUUGUGCAGCUUGAAAAUGAGGUAUGGUUCUUGGUAGGCGUCCAGCGUGACAAAGAGGUCACUUAUCAGACUAAGAUUAGUGAACUUGAAGUUGUUGUUGCGGAACUCAGGUCUCAGGUUGAAAAGUCUACUGAAGAACUGGAAACUCUGAGAUUGGAGAGAGCGCUUUUUCACGAAGAGGAUCAGAACGAUGAUCAGAAAGAAACAAAACUUCAUAAAUUGAGUGUAGAACAAGAAGCCUUUCACUUUUCUCUAGAAAGAGAGGAAAGGGGAGAAGAUCAAGAACCAAGUCACAAGCCAUCUGUGUCAGUUCAAGUCUCUGAUAGUGAUAAACUGGAAAAAGAUGCCCUAACAACUGAUCUAAAGACCUCCAGCAAAAAUCUUAAUAUUCAAGAUAAACACCUUAAAGGAGUGCUUUUAAUUGAGGAACUAGAAGUAACAAAUACUGUUAAGGAACAGCAAAAUUUAAAACGGCAUGGUCAGCAGCCAUUGCAGCUUAAUCAAACCUCAAAUUCUUCGAUGUGCAGCUUAAACCAUCUUUCAGAAAACACGCAACCUGCUCCACAAAUGCCAGAGAGCUUCCAAAGUUUAGUCAUGGAUAAGACUUUGUGGGACUCUCCUGAGGUUAUGAGAAAACAAAAUAAUAGCAUGGAGCUCCAAGCAAGUGUUCCUCUAACACCCUUCUCAGAAAUUGACGGCACGCACAGCAGAGAUUUGGAAAGCCUGUGUUCUGAAUCUUCACUCAUACAGGAAGAGUCCUCUGGAUUGUUGAGAUGUUUUCAUUCCUAUUCUAAUGACAAUCAAGAAACCGCAAACAGCCCUCCCUUCCAGUUCCCCGCAUUCUCAGGCCCUACCUUCUUCGACACUGAAUACAACGUCGGGCAGGAAAAUACUUCAGCUAGAGAUGCUGAAAACUUCACUCUGAUGCCAUCUGAAUUGCAAGAUGAUUUAAGAUCAACAAUGUCCAGACCUGAGGGUGCAAGCACCAACUAUGGCCGCAAUACUAGUUCAGAUUUAGUACUUCAGUGUAAUAACGAAAAUGCAGUCGCUGCAGUACACCAAGAUUGCAACGUCACACAAUGUCUCGGAAUGGUUUCUGACGCGACUGAGCCGGGAAUGAAAGACAAAGAAAAGUUUUCACGACAGUUGAAGAAUGUGCUGAAGAAGGUUUAUGAAGAAAGCUACAAAAUACUGGUUUUGUCAGAAAAAAACCUGCCUGUUAAGGAGGAAAAAAAUGUUCCGCAGGCUCCACUACUGGAGGGGUUGCAAAGAGACAGCCUAACCUUGCUUGAUGCAGUACAGUCGUUGAAGCAUUAUCUCAGCACAGUACCAGAAAAAGAAGACAAGGAACAUUCAUCUGCUUUUGUUGACUGGCGAGGAGAACUACUUCAAGCAGUCCAGUGUGUGUUAGAAAAGGAGCGAAAUAUGCUGCAAAGCUACUUGCAGUCACAUUUUUGCAAUUCCGGAUCUGGAGAUGAAGGAUCAUUGAUAGAAAAGCUGGAGCAUAUAGCGGAACAACAAGAUCGGCAGCAAAAGAUAGUUCUGGAACAUCUUUUAUCUUCAGACAGGAACAGUUUGCUUACUGAAAUACAAGACCUUCAAGCUCAGUUGCGACUGAUGCACCUUCAAAAUCAGGAAAAGCUGCAACAACUCCAAGAGACUCUUAUUAAUACAGAAAAUCAUGGGAGCAAACAAGAACACCAGCUUCGAAGGCAAGUUGAACUAUUGGAAUAUAAACUUCAACAGGAGAAAUCCAUUGCAGGUGACUUGCAGAUUUCUUUAAAAAGUGAGCAAGAAAAGGCCUCUGAGAUGCACAAGCUACUGAAACAGGAACACACUGCAAUAAUGAACUUGAAAUUGGAUCUCUCUGAGAGCAAGAAAACAAAUGAGAAGCUGCAAAAGUCUUUACAGGAUCUCCAAAAGGAAGUAAUUCAGUACAGUUCUACUCUGGAAAGCAAAGAGAAAAGUAUGUCUGCUGUACUUCAAGACUUGCAGAAUGAGCGUGUUAAAGAAAAAGAACUACAAGCUAUAUUAGAUGAACAACAGCAGCAAUAUAAGAAAAGAGAGGAUGAAAAAUCAAAAGCAGUGGAGGAGUUGCAGGCUGCCUUAGAGCUACAGUGCAUUCAAAACAAUCAGUUGUCUGUGGCUAUAGAACACGAACAGGCCGCAAACAGCAAUCUCCGUAAAGAACUUCAAAUUGAGCAUUCUCGCUGUGAAGCCUUGCUGUCCCAAGAACAGAAUAAGUUGUUGGAACUGCAGAAAAAUAUAGAUGUUGAGAAAAGCCGCAGUUUAGAGCUUUUAAGUGCUUUGAACCAUGAACGUGUUUUAACAGAACAGCUGAGCAUGAGAAUAAAUGAAUGCGGGUCAUGUAAACGUAAAGAAGAUUCAUUGCAAGAACUACAAGCUCAGUUGUCUGUCGAGAGGUCCCAUGCUAGGGAACUGGCAGCCAUACUUGAGAAGACACAACGGCAAGCUCUUGAUUCCAAGAAACAAAUGGAUAGAAAGCAAACAUACGAAGAACCGGAAAAAGAGCAAGACGUCUUCGCCAGUUUACAGAUUACACAGGCAUCUUUGCAAACUCAGAAACAAGACAUUAUCCAUGCCUUGGAGAUUGAGAGGGGGAAAGAGACCCAAAUGAAAAGGGAAUGGGAACAUUUGCAGACCAUCCUCAGAUCCCUCAGUGAUCAGGAGAACGUGGCAGAGCAAGGAGCAAAAGAGACAAAGCAAGAGCAGCAAAGGGCAUUGGGCAAACUAAAGGAGCUGCAGAGAGCUCAAGAAAGUCAGCUGGAAUUACAGCAUCGGCAGAACACUGGAAGAAUUGAGGAACUGCAACACAUGCUAGAAGAAUUGAAGGAGCAGGAAAAAUGCCUUUGUGUUCAUAAAAAUCAACACAAACUUCCUUCAUGUCCUUCAAAAAAUUGUACCACCAACUCAGCCUUUACAGUUAACACAGCACAGCGGCUGCAAACAGAACAGCAGAGACUAGAUAACAUCCGAGGACAGUUGCUCUUUGCGGCUGCUUACGUUUCUGAGUUCGUAUAUAAAAGUAUAGACAGGACACUUAACAGGCCUGCAUUAAGUGAGGAAACAGUUGCAACCUUGUUGCAGAUUCUUGAGGAACUGAAAGCAGAAUUGCUGACUUCUUCCAGACCUUUGGUCACGCCUACACAUAUUAUGAACUCCAUGCAGGAAUCAGAAAGAAUUGCUUGGCUACAGGAGAGAGCUUUUUCACAGAAUAGCUUGAAAACACCGGAGUAUGGAGUAACAAAAUCCAAUCCUGCAUCUGAAAAUAAGUCAACCGUGGGUCCUUCCAACCUAAAGCUGCAGAAGUUAUACAGGAAGUAUUUGCGAGCUGAAAGCUUUAGGAAAGCUCUCAUUUAUCAGAAAAAAUACCUUCUUCUGCUCCUGGGUGGAUUCCAGGAAUGUGAGCAAGCGACUUUGUCCCUGAUAGCUCGUAUGGGCAUCUAUCCAUCCCCUCCGGAUCUUAAUGUUUGUGAAUCACGGAGCCGUCCUUUUACAAAGUUCAGAUCUGUUGUUAGAGUGGUCAUUGCAAUUUCAAGGUUAAAGUUUCUGGUUAAAAAAUGGCAUAAAGUAAAUAGGAAGGAGAUGCCAUCGGAAACCCUUUCACAUAGGACUGGACAUCACUCAUAUCCCAGAGGUAAAAUAGAGGUACUCAAGCAACCACAGCCUUUCCCAGAUGCUGAUACGGAAUCUCCUGCAACUCGAGAAACUGGAUGCUGCAACAGAAACACCUUAAUGAGACUUGUGAACAGUUCUCCUAAAUCACCGCCUCAUAUGACUGCCCAAUUCACUAGCUCUUCUUCUCAAGCUUCAUCUAAAGAUCCUGAACGUUCAUUAGCGGAAUACAUUGCUUAUUUGGAGGCCAUUCAGCAAAGACUAGGAAUGAUCAUGCCAGAACCAGAGAAACCUUAAAUGUGACCAGAACAUGUCUUCAGUCUGCCUGGAACUGCAGCAACUCGGGGUUGCUCCUUUCUCCACCAAUGAACAUGACAGCGAACAAUGAACAAGCCACACUCCUGCAUAUGCAGUUGAAUAAAAUGCUCCAAAUAUCUGUGUAAUAGUUUUGCAUCAGAGUUUUGUACAGAUAUUUUCUAUAUUUUAAUGUUUUUAUACUUUGAGGGUAGUGAUUGUUCUCUUUAAAAACAAUGCUUCACAAUUUUAUUUGAAAUAAGAAGUUGACAGCUAAGAGAAGCCAGUAUUGCUUUAUCAUCAAUGCCACUAUCAAUGUGUAUCUUUUUUACUGAAGAAUUUGGAAUCCACAUAAACAGCUAUUAAAAACUUGUAAAGUUUUUUAUUUAGUA